AAAAAGCAAAACGCAUGCAGAUCAAGAUGAAGUUCAUUUCCACAGCAGUAUCCCUUUUAUUCUCGGCAAUUCUUGUCGCCGCCCAACAAAGUACUACUACUACUACCACAGCCACUACAGACACAGCCGCAGACACCACCUCCAACACUACACCUCUUACCACAAAAUACGGAGAGACCUUUAAGAAUGCUGGUGGAAAGAUGCUCAUUGACAAAGUUAAUGUUUACCUAAUCUUUUAUGGUGACUGGUCUUCUCCUGAAUCACAGACUGACCAAAGUGUAUUUAUGAACUUUGUGGACCGCGUAUCAAGCACCUCUUGGUUCAACACAUUAAAACAAUACCCUAACGCCGAUGGAAAGACUAUCAGUGGUCCCAUUAGUCUUGCUGCAGCUGUCACAGAUUCAGGAAGUCAUGGUCUCAACCUGACGGACACAAAUACCCAUAAACAAAUUGUCACAGAUGCUGUUCACUCGGGAUACCUUGAUGCCACCAACCAAUUAGACAAUGAUGGCUUCUACAUAAUUUUGGCUGCCAAGAAUGUACAGGACUCCGAAUUUUGCAACACUCAUUGUGGUUACAAUGGCUACAGUGAUGAGUUCCAAUAUAUGUAUAUUGGCUACCCAGGCUCGUGCACAGACAGUUGUGUUCCAAGCCUCAACCAGGCAGAUUCACCCAACAACAGUACCUCAAUCGAUGCAGCUAUCACCAUAUUCUCUCAUGAAGUCCAGGAUAUAUUGACAGAUCCUAGAGACGAUGCAUGGAUCAUAAAGGACGGCGAAACUAAAGUCGAGGUUGGAGAUUUCUGCUCUGGUCAGGGUGUCACGGAAUCCCAAUGGUUCGGAAGCAUUAAUCAGCUUGAAGGAAAGAAUGCAAGCUACAACCUUGCCAUCGAUGACAAAAAGUACCUUGUUCAGACCAUUUACAAUCCAAAGUCCAAGACAUGUGUACUAUCUUCCGAGUAA